AUGGUGAAAUACCAGAGGUACAAUCUGUAUAACCACUGGAAGAAAAACAAAGAAUACAUGGUUGAUGAUGACGAAGAGUCCUACUUCCAUUCGAUAUGUGGAAACUCUGGUUACUGCAAUAAGAAGCCAAGUCCCAAGCUUUUAUAUUUCAUUAUUAUAUCUCUUUUGUCUUGCAGCUUGAUUCUGGCACCCCAGAUCCUGUCCUCAAACUCCAACUUCUUAUUGUUUUAUCCUUUUGGGUUUGAUGAUGAAGGGCUUGGUUCUGAACCUGAUAGAAAUGGUUUCCUUUGUUCCUCUGUUCCUAAUGGAACUCUUUGUUGUGAUAGAAGCAGCAUUAGGUCAGAUAUAUGCAUAAUGAAAGGGGAUGUGAGAACUCACUCCGCCUCCUCAUCUAUCUUCCUCUAUAGAAACAAUGGAGUGAAUGAUUUUGUUUCUGUCCCAUCUACUGAUGAAAAUGACGAGCCAGAGGUUAUUCAGCAUGAAAAGAUCAAGCCAUAUUCUCGGAAAUGGGAAACCAGUGUAAUGGAUACUAUUGAUGAGUUAAACCUCAACGUAAAAGGAAAAGAAUCCGGCAUCCAUCACGGUUGCGAAGUCCAGUACAAUGUUACAGCUGUGUUCUUUUCUACGGGAGGCUAUACGGGUAAUCUUUACCACGAAUUUAAUGAUGGGAUUUUGCCUCUUUACAUUACUUCUCAGCAUCUGAACAAGAAGGUUGUUUUUGUCAUUCUUGAAUAUCAUAAUUGGUGGAUCAUGAAGUAUGGUGACAUACUGUCUCAGCUCUCUGAUUUUCCUGCCAUAGAUUUUAGUGGAGAUAAACGAAUCCAUUGCUUCCCAGAAGCUAUUGUCGGCUUAAGAAUCCAUGAUGAGCUCUCUGUUAAUUCUUCAUUGAUGGAAGGGAAUAAGUCUAUAAGAGACUUCCGAGAACUAUUAGACCAGGCAUAUUGGCCUCGAAUUAGAGGUCUCAUCCGAGAGGAGGGUGAAGCUCAGUCGAAAACGGAGAAAUCUUCUCUAUCCCCAUCAUCACAUAAUCUGAUAGAGACAAUUAAAGAGAAGCAAGAAUCAAAUAGGCCUAAACUGGUUGUAGUUUCUCGGAAUGGUUCAAGAGCAAUUACUAACGAAGAUUUACUGGUCAACAUGGCAGAGGACAUUGGGUUUGUGGUCGAAGUACUGAGGCCUCAAAGGACAUCAGAACUUGCAAAAGCUUACCGAGUUCUUAAUUCAAGUGAUGUUAUGAUUGGAGUCCAUGGUGCUGCCAUGACUCACUUUCUCUUUAUGAAGCCCAGUUCUGUUUUUAUUCAAGUCAUUCCCCUCGGCACGGACUGGGCAGCCGAAAAUUAUUAUGGGGAACCGGCAGUGAAAUUUGGUUUGAGGUACAUUGGCUACAAAAUCCUUCCAAAGGAAAGCUCAUUGUACGAUGAUUAUGACAAAAAUGAUCCCGUUUUAAUCGAUCCACAGAGUGUGAAUGAAAAGGGAUGGGAAUUCACAAAGAAGAUCUAUCUCGACCGUCAAACUGUAAGGCUGAAUCUAGGAAGGUUCCGUAAGCGCUUGCUACGGGUGUACUACUACUCCAUUGCUCAAAAGAAGAAGAGUUUACAUCAUCAAUCACAGUAA